AUGUUUGCCCCAUCCUUGCUCCGGCUUGGGUUGGCCAUCGGAUUGGCUGGACAGAGCUAUGCUUCCCCUUCUACACCACCUAUUCACACAAGAGAUGACCUAUCCGAUACCCCAAUACCUAUUGUUGUUUGGCACGGCCUUGGUGACCAAUUCAACAGCGAUGGAAUGAAGAGCAUCCAAGCCCUAGCAGAAGAAAUCCACCCAGGAACCUUUGUUCAUAUCAUUGCCAUCGACGAGGAUCCCGGCCAGGAUCAAGUGGCCACUUUCAAGGGGAACGUCUCGGACCAAGUCAGCAAGGUUUGCGAGGAACUAGCCAAGCACCCCAUUCUGUCUACGGCGCCUGCUAUUGAUGCCAUCGGUAUCUCUCAGGGCGGACAGUUCCUCCGCGGUUACGUCGAGCGCUGUAACUGGCCACAAGUCCGCAGUCUCGUCACAUUCGGCAGCCAACACAACGGCAUCAUCGACUUCAGAUCCUGCGGCGCUACCGACUGGCUCUGCAAGGGAGCUAUGGGUCUCAUGAGAUUCGGUACCUGGAGCAAAUUCGUCCAGUCAACCCUCGUCCCCGCGCAAUACUACCGCAACCCAGCAACCGAAGCCGAUUACAACAAAUACCUCGAGAAUUCCAACUUCCUAGCCGACAUCAACAACGAGCGCGAGUUAAAAAACCAGAAAUACAAGGCGAACCUGAGCAAGUUGACCAACUUCGUCAUGUGGAUGUUUGAGGACGAUGAUCUUGUUAUCCCGAAAGAAUCUUCGUGGUUUGAGGAGGUCAAUGGCACAGAAGUUAUCCCUCUUCGAGCUCGCGAGCUUUAUCAAGAGGAUUGGCUUGGCCUUCGCGAGCUUGACCGCAAUGGUGGCCUCAGAUUCCGAAGUGCCCCUGGUAAACACCUCGAGAACCUCUCUGAGCUACUGAACGAGACCAUCACUAAUUACUGCGGCCCAUGGCGACGAACGUUUGAGUCGGAAAUGAGGGACUCUGGGGAUAGGUUGGAGUUGAUUUGA